GAUCUGGCAACGUCGCAUAUUUUUCGAGACGCAGAACGAUUGACAUUUCUUAUCUCUGGUGAAAGAUGGAUUUUUUCAUUUGUUUCGUGGCCUGUCUGAUUGGAAAAUUGCACCCGAGUUGGCACUAGAGCACGCCUGGCACUUUCCGCGCCCCGCUGAGAUUUCAGCCUCGCGUCGAGGAGGGGAAUUGGCCCCUUGGAAAAUGCUCCAUUAUCUGGAACCCGUAUCUUCUUCCGUCGCCGUCGCAGUCGCAGUCGCAGUUGUCGAAAUGUUCGUCGCGCCAGCUAUCGACUCCGCAAUCUCCGUCUCUUAAAACGCACACUUUACACAGACAGACUCACACAUACGCGCCAGCUGCGUAACCUUCCAGCCCAGCGGGAGGCGCAAUCUUUACCAGAAACCAAAACAAGAGCAGAAGGAGGGGAACCAGCUGCAAGAAAAAAACAGCAACAGCAUAAGCGUAGAAGGAGGCGCCGCUAGCACCAGCACUAGCACCUAAGAUGUCCGAAAAGCACGGCCAGCUGGGUGCGCAGUGGACAAAAUCAGCGGCGCCAGCAGCACAAGCCUCCACCCCAGUCCCUCUACCCGUUCCCGUUCCUGUUCCUCUGCAGAAAUCCAGUGGGAAUCCAUAUGUCAACUGUGGCCUACAACCUGCGGAUAUUUCCUAUUCGGCUGCCCGCUUCCAAGCUCCAGUCAUCCAUGCCAAGGCGUCGCCUUUGACAAUUACGCCCGUGGGUAGCACCAUUGCAGGAGGCGGAAGUAUUCCUCCCUCCUCCCAGAUCUCGCCCACGAGUCACACCCACGUACCUGUACCUGCGCCCAGCGGCUUUGUACCGCCACCUUUUCCUAAUGUCGUUGCUGGAGCUGUUGGAGCCACUUCCGUGCUGACACCGAACCCCUUUGCCUCCACAGCUGGGAAUGCUGCUGCUGGCAUAGCCUUCGCCAAUGCCUCCUUCACCUAUAAUACAGCCCAGCUGGGUCUGGGUAAGAUCAUGCAUGCCAUUAGUGGAGCUCCAGCUGGAUCAGGGCCAGUGGCAGGAACAGUGGCUGCUACAACCCCUGGGACACCAGCUACCCCAACAAUACCCGGCCAAAGACAUCCCAGUGAGGGCGUGUCGGCAACCAGUGGAGUGAUUAAUUCCACCAUUGCCGAGAACGUGAUGAAUGCCUUGACCCACAGUAAUUCAACUGGAGGAGGACCUCAAGUGCCCAGCGAGGAGAAGAUGCGUAGAGUACAGCAAGUGAUCGAGUCCAGUUUGGACGACAACGCCAAGUUGCAGAUAUCCCAGAUUCUGGAACGCGUCUCCGGCUUGAAGCCCAUUGAGAAGCUAUUCCUCUAUCUGAGGCUGCCGGGCGAGUGUGCCGACACAGAUCCGCUGAGACAGCCACAAAAUCCUCUGGGAACACGCUCUGAGAUUAACCACACAAUAAAUUGGGUGCGCUCCCAUCUGGAGCACGAUGCCCAAGUGUCCAUACCCAAACAGGAUGUAUACAACGAUUAUAUAGCUUACUGCGAACGCCUUAGUAUCAAACCCUUAUCCACAGCGGACUUUGGAAAGGUGAUGAAGCAGGUCUUUCCGGGCGUGCGUCCUCGAAGAUUGGGAACGCGAGGAAACUCUCGUUAUUGCUAUGCUGCUAUGCGCAAAACCACAAAACUGACACCACCACAAUUGCCGCAGCUGUGCAAAAGCGAACAGAACCCGGGCGAUGUUCCCGCGACCGAUCCCAGCCAGCUGACAAGCUCAGCCACUUUAAGUGGGAUCCCGCCAGCCGAAGGCGAUCGGGAGAGCUGGGAUGUAAUCCGCGGUUGGGCCGAAAAGUUGCUCAACACCAAGCUGGAGAGCGUAGCUGAGCUGAGUGCCCGUAUCCGGAGCAACAACGCCACAGUGGCCACAAAGAAGUACACACCUCGGGAGCCCAAGGAGAAACGAGUGCUGGCCGACAUGGGACCUUUGAAGAAGCGUCGAAAAAAGAAGCGCAAGGGGUCAACCUCCUCGGAAUCCAGCUGUAACCAAUUGGGUAAUAGCCAGGAUGCGGGCAGCAGUCAAGAGGCCUGCGAAGAGCAGCUUCUAAAGAUUAAGCAGGAGAUUAUAGACUCCCCCAUUCAUCAACCACCGCAGCAGCAACAGCAGCAGGCACCCCCAGUGGGAUACCUGGCACAGGUGACGCCAAUGAAUCUGGCUACCGAUCAAAGGGCAAAUAGCGCUGUCCGCAACCUUACACCAAAGCUCAUGGAGUUGGGAAACCCCACGGUUGUACUCACCCAGCAGGAAACGUCGCCUACUGUGGGCCUAGUGAUAAAGGAUGAGGUGGAGGACUACACCACCAACAUAUUCUGCAAGAAGGUGCUUAAGGCGCAGCAAACAAAGGGAUUUUGGGCCAACUCUCCGAGUAGUGGGACCACAGGAGGAAGUGGUGGCCUACUAGUGCCGCCGAUGAUAACUACCACAUCCGCUACUCCCCCACCGCCACAAGCGGGCACGUCACCCGUUCCUGGGUCUGGAGUCGCGCUUUUUAUGGGUCCGCCCGCAAAGAUGAUGAACAGCUCGGUUAGCCCUUCCAGUAGUGUGGAUGUGAUUCCAAAGGUGGCUUCACGCAACCAGCUGAUGAUAAUGCGAGCUAGACGGGUAAUGGCGGCGGAAAGUGCCGCCCUGGCUGCUGCCGAAGACUCUGGACUGCCGGAAAACUUGGGUCUGCCACGCGAGCGGGUUAUCAGCAUUUGUAAUAUGGACAAGCACGAGCUGGAUGACUACUUCCUGCCCGGGGAGGAUGAGGAAAACUCCGAGGAGCCCGACACCGAGCUGCUCCAAUAUUUUCAGAUGGGAGACGCUGAGGAAAAACAACUAAAUUCCUUGGAUGCUGUAGAACCGAAUAGGAAUCCACAGGAGCCGCCAAGCGCUGGCUCUGCCCUGGAGCAAGUGGCGAUGCCGGCUCCUGGCCGCGGAGCUCCAGGCGCUGGACCAGCAGCUAUGCUGGCACCGGUUCCGGUGCCUUCGAUGCUGCCCAAUCAGGCGGCGGCAGUGGGUUCUGCCUCAGCGUCUCUCGCCCUAAUGUCGAAAAAGCAUCAGCAGCAGCAAAAACACCAACAGCAGCAGCAGCAGCAGCAUGAGAAGCAGCCACUCCAUCAGCGCUCCAAAUUGCUGCCCACUUUAAGCAACAACAAGCGUAAGAUCAGUCUGAGCAACGCCUCCAGCAAUGGCAACAACAAAAACUGCAUAUUCCUGCCCAUCUCGCCCAAUAUCAACGGAUCCAGUGCCGCCAGCGCAGCCGCAACAUCAGCGAAUCCCAACCAGAACUGUUUCGCCAGUCCGGGCCUCACCAGAAUGAAGCAACGGAGCAGUAUGCUUAGCAAGCAACAGUCACUGGAUUGCGACAACCGGGAUCCCAUGAUCGGAGCUCAUCGCAAAGGUCGCAGCUACGUAUGUUAUCCCAACAUUACAUCGGCGUCCGCGCCGCCAAGCCCUUCACUGCUCCAGCAGUGCAUUGGCGGCAGCUGGCAGUUUGGCGGCGGGAACAACUCCACUUUUGCGGACAGCAGUCACAGUGCGGACCCGCUGGUGAACCAGAACUCCAUGGACCUGGAAACGAGCCUGGCUUUAGCCGCAGAUCUGGAUACGGCGGAACUGCAGCGAUCCCAGUCGGUGCCUCUGUCCCAACUCCAGCGAAGGAGCAGCAACCAGUCUCCCAACUUGGCCUUCUACUCGGAGAACAGCAACAGCCAGCAGUCUGCGUCUCUGAAGGACACAGGCCUGCUGUACGAGGGGGUGGACAUGAGCGCCUUGAUCUCGCCCAGCUUCAGCAGCAAGUUCACCAGCGUGACGCAGCAGACGACGACAACGUGCAGCUCCUCGGCAGGAUCGUCUUCUGGCUAUAGCAGUGGCGGGUCAGCGGGAAUCGUUUCGCGAUCGGUGCCCUCCACACCGCUACCACAAAACUGCCUUUCCGCGCUAAAUGGAGGAGGAGCAGGAGCUUCCGGCGGAUCGGCAGUCGGAAACGGAGGCAGUUGCGGAGCAGGAAACGGAUUUGCUGUCUCGCCAUCUUUUACCUGGGGCGGCACAUCUGGCAAUUCAGGAUUCUAUAAUGCACAUUCGUAUGGCUCCAGGAAUCCACUGGACAUCUCCAAGUCCAUGCCAACCACGCCCAUCACAACGCCCUGCUUCCGGUACAGCCCUGUGGAGAUGUCGCGCGAUUUUCUGAUCAACGGCAACACGAUCGAUAGCCUGCCAUCGUCCGCUUUUGGGAUAGGAGGCGCUUCGACAGAUCCCCUCAUUGACGACAGUGCUCCCAGCAGCACUGAUGUUGUGGAAGCCAUGAUUGGCGUCACAGACAUACUCGACGACUUUUAGAAUUUGCAUGAAGAGAAAGCUCAGGAGGAGAUUGAGAAUUCCAAGCGACAAGAGGAAAAGGAUGCAGAGGCGGAGCAGCUGACGGUCGAAGAGGCUGCCAAGGAGGACACCACUGUGGUGGCCUGCUUGCUCCAGCACGUGGAUCAGCUGUAGAGCCACUCUGUCCUUCUUAUCCUGUUGCUUAAGUAUAUAUAUAAUUUGUGUUGUGUUUGAUCCUAGUUAGUCCUUAACACUGUAUAGUCCUGUUCCUAAUAUUUUUAAGAACAAAUCAGUAACCGGAACAGGACUCUACAGAAGACUCUCCCCCAACAAAUGAGCUUUCUCUUCGUGCCACUAAUAAUACCUAACUAAUAAUCCUUUCUUCCCUCUUCCUAAUCUAACUAACCAACGGCCUAGUGGUGACCUCUAAUUGGUUUCAAAUAGUAUAUGUGUCCAAACAGCAUUAGAGGUAUAUGGGCCAAGGCCCAUACUUCUGCUAUAUAAUCGAACAUUACCCUCAGGCCCUCCUUGUUGUGUGUAUUCACUUGGCAUAUUGUUAUUAUUACCAAACAUUAUCAUUAACACUAUGGUGAGGAUAGUAUGCUACAUAGCUAUAUGCUAUAUAUGAUAUAUGUAGUUGCGUAGUUGAUGAAAACCUUACAAAUGAAACGAACUUAAAGUCUGAAUGAUGGAAACGUGUGCAGCGGUUUUAGAAACGAAAACAAAUUUACAAAAACGUAACUGUAACUGUAAACGAAUGUAUAUCUAUAUAACUAUAGAACCCAACCUCGGCGCCCGACGAGUUUGUAUUCGCGCGACCCCCGCUUGUAUAUAAGUAUCUACUUUAUAUAUAUAUAUAAGUAUCUAUUUCUAGACGGAUUUCCAAUGCGGAUUUUAUACGGGGUCGCAGCGAACCAGUCUAAGUUCAAAAAUGGUCAAAUUUAAAAAUGUGUGUUUUUGUAGGUUCUUGUAAGGUAUCGA